AUGGCCUUUUCUCAAUUAAAGGAAUAUAAAACAAAACCAAAAUCAGGAAACAUUGAUGAGAAAGAGAGAAAAGACAGGACAGGACACUGGAGAGAGAUGAAGCACAUGCAGAUUAAUGACUUGUUAGAGUCACACAGGAAAUUUGUGACAGAGCAAGGAAUGGCAGCUUCCCCAGCCUACUUUUUUGGUUACAAACUGACUCUUUCUGUCCCCAAAGAAAAGGUACUACCUGCAUUUGGAGCAGCACUACUAAUGUAUGAACUGAAAAGACUGCGAAUCUCAGUAGUGGGAUCUCUCUUCUACAGUAUCUUCUGUCCUAUGAACAGAUGUUUAUAUUUGCUUAAUGAUGUCCAUGGAGUCUGGUGUGGAGACCUGAAAAGACUUCUUUUUAUUGGCAAUUCUGGAGAGCAGAUGAGGAGACACCCCAGCUUCGUUUUUUUGUUCUGUGGGAUAUUUUUGCCCGGAGCCCUUGGUUUUCCACAGACAAAUACCUCAAUUGAUUGUGAUUCUCUGUUACCAAACUAUGAAGCUGUACCACAGACGUCUGCACCACCCUAUAUUAUUGCUGUAUCUUUUGAUAACUUUGAGCCAGGAAACGAAGUCCAAGUGACUCUGGAAGCACUUCAAGGUGUUGGGUUUAAAGGAUUUAAUCUACAAGCUCGAGAAAUUGAUGGAGAUGUUCCUGUUGGUACAUUUAAAAUUACAGAUCCAAACACUAAAGGCAUGGAGUGUCAUAAUGUGACGAAUUCAGCAGUAAGUCAUGCCAAUUCAGAUGUGAAACAGAAAGUUACAACAACAUGGAUUGCUCCCCAUGAUGUUAAAGAUCUUCAAUUUAUUGCAACUGUUGUUCAAGAUCUAGAGAAAUUCUGGGUUGGAAUUCAAAGCAAAACUCUCACACCUACACAUUCUGAGUCAGUUAAUGGGACAGGAAAAAGUAAAAGGAAGGUUAUGAUAGCACUAGAAUGUAAGAAGCUUGGGGGGACUUACUCAACACAAGGCGGAUGCGUCAUGGUUGGACCUUCCAGUUCCUCUCAGAGCAGCUAUUCAGGCAGUCCGAAUGCAGUAGUCUACACAAUAAGCAAGAAUGGAUGUGGCCCUGGGGGUGCUGCUGAUGCCUAUAGUCAACAAGCCUGUAGAGAUGUAAGUUGGUUAUAUAUGUGUUUACUGGUUGUCUAA